AAACCAAACCAGUUACCCAUUGCUUGUGUUGGUUGUGUAAUGGGAAAGCACGAUCAGAUCAAUCAAGAGCUUCACUUCUAGUUUCUGAAACAUGGAUACCUCUUCCUCUUCUCCUUUACAGCCGCCGGAACCAAAGAAGCUCAAAAUGUCCUCCACCUCUGACGACGACAACGACGACACCAUACCCGACUCAACCUGCCCUAGUUCGAUCCCUCCAACCGAAAAGAAGUUCAGAUUCAAGCGUAGGAAAAUCGCCAUCUUCCUCGCCUACUGCGGCGUUGGUUAUCAGGGUAUGCAGAGGAAUCCCGGAGCCAAAACCAUCGAAGGCGACCUCGAGCAAGCCCUCUCAGUCUCCGGUGCUAUCUCUGAAGCCGACCGCGGCAAACCACCGCGAUAUGAUUGGGCCCGCUCUGCUCGUACCGACAAGGGUGUCAGCGCCGUCGGUCAGGUAGUCUCGGGCCGUUUCUACAUCGACCCACUGGGCUUCGUCGAUCGUCUCAAUUCCAAUCUUUCCCCUCAGAUUCGUAUCUUCGGUUUCAAGCGUGCUACUGCUUCCUUCAACGCCAAAAAGUUCUGCGAUCGGCGGAGGUAUGUCUAUCUUAUUCCGGUUUUCGCGCUUGAUCCCACUUCUCAUCCCGAUAGAGAGACUGUGUUGGCUAGUUUGGGUUCGGAGAAUGAGCUUGCCAAGUGUCUUGAGUGCUCGGAUAGAGGGCGUAAGGUUGUCGGUCUUAUGGGCCGGCGCAACUCUGAAACAAGGUCUCCGGAAAAUGGCGGGAAUGAUGUUCCUGAUUCAGAAGCAUUAAUGGAGUCUAGGGUUUCAUGCGGCAAUGGUGUUUCCACUGUUUCCCUCUCUGAACCAUUGAUGGAGUCUGGGUUUUCUUCAAACAACCCUAAUUCUGUUUCGGUCGCUGAAAACACAGUGGAGUCCGUUAUUUCUUCUAACGAUAGUGUUGAACCUGAGGAGGGGGCUUUGGUGUGUUCGGACGACAAAACGGCUGUACCGCAAUCCGAACUCACACUAGAGGAUAAGGUAUCUGAGGACAGCGGGUUUUGUGUUUCUCACUCUGACAUAGCAGAAGGGCCAAAGACUUCUACUGAGAAAGAAAAACAAGAACCGGAUUUAGUUAGGUGUAGUAAUGGGGAGGACACAACUGAAAAGGUCAAGGCUUUUUGUUAUGACGGGAAGGAGAGGGAGAGGUUCAACAGAAUUCUGAAGCAUUACGAGGGAACUCACAAUUUUCACAAUUUCACAACCAGAACGAAAGCUGAGGAUCCUUCAGCCCAACGCUUCAUUGUGUCAUUUGUUGCAAAUCUUGUUGUUAAUGUUGAAGGGAUUGAUUUUAUCAAGUGCGAGGUUGUGGGCCAGAGCUUUAUGCUUCAUCAGAUUCGGAAGAUGGUUGGGCUCGCAGUGGCUAUCAUGAGGAAUUGUGCUCCCGAGUCUUUACUCGACACUGCUCUGCAAAAGGAUAUAAGAAUCAAUGUGCCUACAGCUCCAGAGGUUGGUCUGUACCUUGAAGAGUGUCUAUUCACUUCAUACAACCAGAAAUGGAAAGACUCACAUGAAGCGUUGAACAUGGAAGCUUAUGCUGCAGAAGCAGAGGAGUUUAAAAUGAAGGAGAUAUACCCCCACAUUGCAUCCACAGAACGGAAGGAAGGAGUUGUGGCCCUCUGGCUUCACUCACUUAACCACCGUAAUUAUCCUGAUUUACGUUUCAAUGGUGCUAAUGAAACCUGCACCAACAGAGAAACCACUCAUGUAGAACAGGUCAUCUAAUCAUUUUAUAAGAUUGUUCCUCAGAUUUGGGUGAGCUUCAUAACCCGAUGUUCUUUAUUUGUAGUUUUUGGAGGGGAUAGUUGUCAACAAUUGCUUAUUGAUGAUGCAUGCAUCUCUGCUUUAUUUAGAGAUGCCAAGUCAUCUAUAAUCGAAAUUUAAAUGUGGACUUUGUUUUACAGGAAAAGCUAUUUUGCCCAUUUUGAAGUUCAACACUGAAUGUGUUU